CUGUUCCAGUUCAAAGUUCAACCGUGACAGUAAAAAUAGACUCGCCUCGCUGUCAUUGAAGCUCGUUGUUAGCGCUUCGUAAAUCGGAGACUGGAGCGGGGGUCGCAGAAAAAAAGCUACUACCUCUGGCCGGGCCACGGAACGAGCUCGCCGGCCACCUAGUACCCGAAAAUGUGCCUCAGUCAAAAGGUUUAGCCGUUAGCCGCCGCUAGCUGUGACACAACCGACUGCGAGCUUUGCUAGACAGCGAACCGGAGGAGGAGGCGGCAGCGGCGGUGGAUGGCAGCGGUGGUGGAGGGGGCGCCUCAUAUAAAAUCACAACCGCUGCUGAACUAAAAGCCCAAAAGACAUUUUUUAGCCUGGAAAAAAUAAAAAGCGGGGCCGCCAUGUUCGUCCAGGAGGAGAAGAUGUUCGCGGGUAAAAUGUUGAAGAUUCACAUUUGCACCGUGGACGGCGCCGAGUGGCUGGAGGAGAUCCCGGAAGACAGCACGGUGGAGAAACUCAAGGAGAAGUGCUUGAAACAUUGUGUUCACGGAAAUUUGGACGACCCCAAAACACUGACCCACCACAAGCUCAUCCAUGUUGCCACAGAGCGAGUACUCAGCGACACCAAAACAGUGGCGGAUGAAAGUCUCAAAGACAAAGAUGUUCUGCUGCUCAUAAAGAAAAGGCCGCCGCCAACCCCUCCCAAGAUGGCUGAGGUGUGCGCUGAAGAAAAGAAAAAACAGGACAACAAGGCCCCGGACAAGGACGCUAUCUUGAAGGCCACCACCAGCCUAAGCACUCGCCACUCGGACCGCACCGUCACGCAGCACAACAUCAGAGACUUUCAGACGGAGCUCCGAAAGAUCUUGGUGUCCCUCAUCGAAGUGGCCCAGAAGCUUCUGGCCUUGAACCCUGAUGCCGUGGAGCUUUUCAAAAAGGCCAACGACAUGUUGGAUGAGGAUGAAGACGAUCGCGUGGACGAUGCGGCCCUCCAGCAACUCACCGAGAUGGGCUUCCCCGAGAGUAGAGCUGUCAAAGCCCUCAGACUCAACCACAUGUCGGUGACGCAGGCCAUGGAAUGGCUGAUCGAGCACGUCGACGACCCCUCCGUGGACACGCCGCUGCCCAGUCAAGACGGCGCCGCCGCUGCUUCUUCCGCUGCUGCUGCUACAGCCGGCGUCUCCGCUAACCCAAAUUCCGCCACAGCCGGCCCGUCGGCUGCAGGCUCCUCCAGAACGCCGUCCUGCUCAUCCGCCUUGCGACGCGGCCUGUCCGGCACGGAUGAAAGCAGCAGCGGCGGCAGCAGCAGCAAUCGACAAGAUGACCUCACGGAGAUAUUCAAGAGGAUUCGCAGGAAAAGGGAAUUCAGGCCCGACUCAAGAGCCGUGUUUGCCCUCAUGGAGAUGGGCUUCGAAGAGAAGCAGGUGAUAGACGCUCUCAAAGUCAAUAACAACCAGCAAGAUGCAGCGUGCGAGUGGCUGCUAGGAGAUAAGAAGCCGUCUGCAGAGGACCUUGACAAAGGCAUUGACACAAACAGUCCGCUCUUCCAGGCCAUUCUGGAAAACCCUGUGGUCCAGUUAGGUUUAACCAACCCCAAGACUCUCCUUGCUUUCGAGGACAUGCUGGAGAACCCCCUGAACAGCACCCAGUGGAUGAACGACCCCGAGACCGGCCCCGUCAUGCUCCAGAUAUCCAGAAUCUUCCAGACCCUCAAUCGCACAUAGAGGCGAACCACCACCCACCCCUGCCCCCCCUUUACACGUGUGAAUGUGGCAGCUGUGCGUGUGUGUGCGUGUGUGACGAGUAUUGUUCACGCCAGAGGAAGUUGUACCUACAGUAAAUAUUCAGAACAGUAAAGUAUACAAAAAAAACUAUUAUUAUUGCAGCGACGAUACAAAGUUCUACUUAGUAGGUUGUUUUUACAUUUUAACUAGAGCAAUUUCGAGUUAUUUUGUGAUAUCAUUUUUUGCCACAAUCAAACACGCGCAUGUUCAGCAUUUACGACUCAUUUUUGGCAAUAUUUUGGGGCGGCGGGGGGAUUUUCUUCUUUUAGCCCUCCUGUUAUGCUAUGGGUCGCAUUUACAAAGGAAUAUUAGAGCCACUCUGAAAAUGAAAAGAACAAACAUUUCUCUCUGAGAUUCAAAGCUUAACAUCGCGAGAAUAAAUUUGGAUGUUUUUGAGAGAGAGAGAAAAAGUUUCAGGAUAAGAUUUAUCAAGGAAUCCUAUUUUUGGAUAUCGUAUCUUUUGUGAGAAAGGUGCUACAAUUGAAGUUCAAGUCAUAAUAUUAAAAUACCAAAGAUGUAUUUUUUUUUCAUAUCUUUUUAAGAGUCUAGACAUACUGUCUUUUUUACCGUGUUUUUAUUGGUUUCGUGCAGAAUGCAAAACAAUGAUGUGCAGUACAAGAGGUAAACACACAAAAAGAACCAUCUCACCAUCCCUUUGUUGGUCCACUUCCCCAGCAAACAAAAAAAGUAAUAAGGUCAACGCACAAACACACUGUAAAAAAAAGAAAAAAAAAGGUUGCAAAUCUUGAAUUUUAUAGCUCAUCCAUAGAAUGGCAAGCUUUUUUUUUUUUCAAGGCUUGGAGAGGAGCAAAUGUUUAAUUUAUGAGUUUGUACACUUGAGGAAAUGAGAACACCGUCUAAUAUUUAAUAUGCCCGACCUUCUUUUACUUCAAUAGAACUCUUGAGUUUCAUAACAGGAGGGUUAAAGACACGAGCUUGCACAAAAUGCUCACCCGGAACAAAAAUGGCCUGCGUAAACACGUCCCGCCUUGUCUGUCUUCCUGUGCAAUCGCAAACAAUGGUUAACCUGUAAACAACAUUAGCUCCUUUGUUUUAGGAGUUGUGCGGCAAAAUAUUAUUGGUACAUUAAAAAGGACGGGCGGGCGGGCAGGGAAUCUCCAUAGCGACCCACCGUGCAAUUGUAAAACAUUUUUAAACCACAAAUGCCCAGUCCACCCCCUAAUUGAUGUAAUGGCCCCCUCUUGCUUUAUGAACUGUACAGUAGGCUUUUUGCCAACAGUUUUGAGUGUUUAAUCAACUACUCUCGAUUUGGGGGGAAAAAACGGAAUGGUGUGACUUCUUUCUGCUCAGGGAACCUGAGAUUGUUUCGUUUUUCUUUUUUGGUCAUCUUUCUGCUAGCGUGACAACAGAACAAAAUGUCUUUAAGGAGUCGCGGUUUCUUCAAUGCAAUAUAGACACUAGUCACUUCAAGUUACGGUAAAUUGGGCUUUUGGGUGACAUUUUCAGGAUAAACCUAAAACGUACUACAACCUUUACGAGUGGACGUCUUUAAUUUGUGACUGCACACGUCCAACAACCCUUUUGAACUUGCUGUGCUCGAGCAAGGAGCCGAACAACAAAAUUCAUAAAGUGUUUGAUCUGUAAAUCAUGUUUGACUUCCAUGAACGUCCACGUGUACGCUUCUCUGGUGUCUCUUUGUCCCUGCUGAUGACACAAACAACAUGUGGCCACAUCACCCUUUC